AUGUCGUGGGCUCUGGAUCUUAUACUCGGCGCCCACAACUGGUACCAGGGCGUCUCUAAGAUAGCAGCCUCUACCAAAAAGACCGCCUCACCACUCCGUCUCGGCAUCCUAGGCGCCGCAGCCAUCAACCCAGCCGCCAUCUUCGACCCGGUCUCAACGCACCCCGAUGUAAUCAUCGUCGGCAUAGCAGCUCGCUCAAAAUCCAAAGCCGAGGCGCAAAUCAAGCAGUACUCCCUCACCUCCGCCAGAGCCUACUCCAGCUAUGACGACCUCCUCUCCGACCCAACCAUCGAGGCGGUGUACGUCCCCUUACCCAACGGCCUCCACGCCGAAUGGGCAAUCAAAGCCCUGCAAGCAGGCAAGCAUGUGCUGCUCGAGAAGCCCAUCGCGAGCAACGCACAGCAGGUCCGGGAUAUCCGCCGGGUCAGCGAGGAGACCGGUGAGGUAGCCCUCGAAGCGUUCCAUUGGCGUCUCUAUCCCGCGGCGCAUCUAGUGAAAUCCCUCGUCGACAGCGGCGAGUACGGUAAAGCUACCGAAGUGAAAGCCAAGUGGGAGCUACCUGCUGGACUGUUUGCAAAGGACGAUAUUCGCUUUCACUAUGACCUAGCAGGCGGCUCAUGCAUGGACCUCAUGUACGUCUUCAGCGCGACAUCGUACUACGCCACCCCGACCCCCAACCUGAAGGAUGCGGAAGUCGAAGUCCUGGAAGCGAAAGCAAGACCGAACAAGACCGACCCGCGGAUCGACGACGCUAUGAGCGCUACCUACGUGCUCCGCUCGGACUCGCACUCUACCCUCUGCAAGAUCGAAGCCGACCUGGCUGCCCCAUGGCUUUGGGGUCUCGUACCCAAAUUCUGGACCCUGAUGCCUUCCCUCUCCAUUGAGAUGGAGCAGGCUACGAUACUCUUCCCGGGUUUUGCUGGACCUUGGUCUGGUCACGCUAUCACUGUGACCGACAAGGCCACGGGAAAGGUGACGAAGCAUUCGCAGUAUGUGGACGGGGCGCAAUGGGGCCAGAGAGGAGCGAGGUUUUGGACAACUUAUAGGUAUCAACUGGAGGCUUUUGUGGACAAAGUUAGAGCUGUGCAGGCAGGGGCGGAUGUGAGGAGGCUUGGGGAGAUGAGCGGGCCGUGGGUUAGUUUAGAUGAGAGUGAGGCGGUUGUGGGCAUCGUGGAAAAGGUGUAUGAGAAGGCUGGGAUACCUUUACGCAAGUAG